GUCACCGCCUCUUCUGAAAGGACUGAGACUCACUGAAAUGUGGGUAUGUUUUGUUUGAAAAUUGUGCGAAUAUUUGCUUAGUUAUCAUAAUGUGAGGACGAUCAGUGGAACAGGAAGGUUUAAUGAUUUCAGGUAGUAUCAAUAUGGAAUACAGGAUAUCAUGGAGCAGUCUACACACACUAUGGAUGUAGCAGUUAAUUCAUUAUGAGGAUUACCAGCUGGAUCAUAGUCCUGUGGUCAGUUGUGACCGUGGGCAGUGGAUGUCCACUGAGCUGUAGCUGCACACUGAAGAAGGACAGUGAAGACAGAGUCAUGGGGAAGAAAGUCGUCUGCUCAGAUGUCAACUCGCAGAUCUCGAGACUGGACCUUGUGGUCAGAGAGCUCCCUCUGGACACUGUGGUGUUAGACCUGAGUGGGAAUGCCCUCACCACCAUUCCACGCAAUGCUUUCCAGGGCCACUCCAAACUCCAGAGAAUAGACCUUCAAAACAACCAGAUCAGUGUGAUAGAACAAGGAGCAUUCCAGGGUCUAAGACAGCUGAAGAGACUGGACCUUUCUGGUAACAGACUAGGCAGUAUCAACAGCAGCAUGCUGGAAGGACUAAAUCAGCUGGGAAGACUCUCCUUGUCCAAUAACCAGCUAAAGACUAUAAAGGAAGGAACAUUCAAGGAUUUGACUGCACUCAGAAAACUUGACUUCCAAUCGGCCUACUUAAUGUGUGACUGUCACCUCCAGUGGAUAGUUCGCUGGUCCAAGAACCAACGUGUCGGGAUCGCCAACAACACCAGAUGUGCUGUGCCCCAAGGAAUGAAGGGAAGAGCAGUCAAAACAUUGAAGAAAAAACAACUACACUGUCGUUGGGAAGUGGAGUUGCCUCUGUUUGAGUUGACACCGUCAGCCAGUCAGAUUGUAUUCCAAGGCGAUAAGCUGCCAUUUGAGUGUCGUGCCUCUGUACUGGACCAGACCACACGGAUGAUGUGGCUGCGUGGUGGUCAGUUAGUGUCCACUAACAAGUCAGCAGGUGUCUAUGUCCACACAGCGCUGUCUCCUGACCAGACAGUGAUGACCCAUAGUUUGGUUCUGGAACACCUAACAGUACAAAACUCUGGGGCCUGGGACUGUAGUGUGGUCACUGAGUACGGCAAUGUGUCACGGUCAGUGAACAUUCUGGUUGUGUCCAGUGAGGAGUUGUACUGCCCAGAGACCACCGUGUCCACUAACAAAGGAGACUACACAUGGGAGAAGACAGUGGCAGGGAUACCCAAGGAGCAGCCUUGUGCCUUCUCUGGAGGUCCUGGUCGCUCUCGUGGCCAGUCCCGCAGUCAGUCACGUGCCAAGUAUAAGUGCAAUAACAAGGGUCAAUGGGAGCAGCUGGACGUGUCCCAGUGCCAGUUUAUCAACGAGAGGACAAGGGUCCUAGAGCAGUACACACAGCUUUCCAGCACCACUCCAACUAGCACCACCUUAGAGCACUGCUGUGAAGAACUGCUAGCAGCAAUGGGAGGCGCUCUCGGCCACCAGCAGUCCAUCAACUCCAGUAAUGUGGUUGCCAUGGCAUCACGACUGAACACCUAUAUCUCCUAUCCUAAAGCUCUGACCAAGAUGGACAUUGUCUUCAUAUCCCGGGUGCUGGAAACCUUCUCCAAUUAUAUGGAAAAUCAUGCAGAGAUUGCAGAAAAUAUAGUGAAUAUUAUCAGUAAUUUAACCACAGUUGAUGACUCCAUAUUGCGGGCCAGUCAGGAGGAGUAUGGUGCUUGUAGUAGUGUAGUAAAGGUGUUGGAGAAACUCCCCAGCAAGUUGUUGAGUGACAGGAGUCACAUGAGUCUGUAUUCAGAGAAUAUCGCGGUGGAGGGGUUUCAAGUCAAAGCAGACGUGUUUCAAGGACUGACAUGUUACACACGCCCCACUAGGGCUGGGCAGGCAAACAAACAUGGCUACUCCAAGGAGAACUUUAUCUGCAGUUCCUCCAUGGAUACUGGGCCCAGUGGCACUCCAGCCAUAUCUAAGAAUAUCAACAGUUCCAUCCACCUGCCCGCCUCUCUGUUCAGGAACACACGUAGCCUGUAUGGCAUCAGUGGCCCCCUCUAUAGGCUACAGGUUAUUGCCUACAGGAAUGCCAAACUUUUCCCUGUGACUGGGUCACGUAACAGCACAGGGAUCACCUCUACUCGCGUCCAUUCUGGUGUUAUUUCCAGUAAAAUAGCUGGCAUCCAGGUAGAGAAUCUGACAGACCCUGUGAUGAUCCAGGUGUCAGCACCAGUCCCCUCAGACCAGAACAGCCAGCUUGUUCCUGUUUUCUGGGAUUUCACUGCUAAUGAGGGGCGUGGUGGCUGGGAGAGUAGAGGCUGUCAACUUGUUAGAACAGAAGGCAACAUCACAACCAUGGCCUGCUUUCACCUCACUAACUUUGCUCUUCUCAUGGAAAAACUUGAGCCAGUAGUCCCGCAGCGUGACUGGUGGCAGAUCUUUGAUUGGCUGAUAAUGCUGGACCCAGUGGUGUAUGUUGGGAGUGGUAUCUGUGUCGUCUGCUUGGCUACUACCAUCAUUACUUACUGCACAUGUCACAAAUUUAUCCGCAUUCCAAAGAAAGCCAAGCACACGUUGGUGAACAUGUGUGUCAGUCUGGUCUUCCUCAUCCUGGUAUUUACAUUGGGAGUGAAGCACUAUGAGAGCAGGAGAGCUUGCCAGGCCAUUGGUAUAGCUGUCCACUACUUCUCCAUGACCACCUUCUUCUGGAUUGCCAUAGCAGCCAGCAAUAUGUACAAAAGACUAGUGAAGUCUCGUAAACCCCCAGAGCCCCCACCCUCAGACCUGAUGGGCCCCCUGCCCCCUAAACCCAUGCUGAGGUUCUACCUGCUGGGCUGGGGUGUGGCUGUUAUUAUCUGUGGUAUCACUGGGGCAGUCAGCCUGGACUUUUAUAUGGGACAGGAGUAUUGUUUCCUGGCGUGGGAGCCGAGUCUGGCCUUCCUGGCAUUCCUUGGUCCUACGGGGUUCCUUCUCCUCCUCACCUGUAUCUUCUUUAUCUGCACUGCCUGCCAGCUGAGUGGGGACAGCAAGGACUUCAAUGAUUCUGAGGAGACAGAGGAAAUAGCAGAGAAUGAGAUAGAGUUGAUCACCACAGAGAGGGGCUCUACGGGGGGCCAGACCAACGCUACCUGUAUGUCCAAAUCAUCCACGGUGGUGGACGUGGAACAUCGCACUAUCAGCCAGCUGAGGGCGCUGGUCAUUGUUCUCUGUGUGUUUAUAUUCAUGUGGAUAUGUGGUGCUUUUGCUGCUGCUCGGCCAUUUGCAGAGUCGUUGCCAUAUCAGAAGACAUUGUUUAGUUACCUGUACCUGGUCAGCAGCUCAGGACUCGGGAUAUUCAUCUUGGUUUUUUAUGUGUUUUCAAGAAAAGAUGUUCGUUUGUGCUGGUGGAGGUUUUUCUGCUGUGUGAAGACGCCUCCAUAUGAAGUUAAUGUAAACUCAAACCCAGACACAAUCAGUAAUGGUAAUGGGCCAAUGACAAACAUUAAUAGUGCCCUUACCAAUCAUACAACCAAUCACGUGCCAGCUGCUAAUGGUCAUGUGAUCCAGACAGCAGUCCAGCAGUCAAUGACCAGUCUCGACUCUGCACUUACGCUGAAAUCUGCAAAUACCAAUCACACAAACCACUCCAGGAAUAUAAACUUGCCAAAGACUUCCAAUCUGAACUUAGUCCCAGGAGGUGCCCUAAUCCCCGGGGGUGGCCUGGCCCCAGGGGGGGCAGGGACAGACACCUCCAUGCACAGUAUACAUGAGAACCAGCCUGCCUUCUAUAACCCCAGACAGAAUGGAGUGGCCAAGAAAUACUGGGAGAAGAACCGCAGAAGACAGCAGCUGAAGCUGUUGAAUAAGGAACUGAACACAGAGAAAUACAAUGGCUACAGCUCUGGCCAGGAGAGGACCAAUGUGGUAGCAUUUGGUGAACUACCAAGUAGUAAUCGUAGCAAUAGAUUGAGUCAGGCCUCAAACAGUGAUGCCAACACGCACCUCAGCAUUGAAAUCCAGGUACAGAGUCGACCGCGCACGGCGUCCCCUUAUACUGACCCCCCACCCACAUAUAACAGUUUAACCCGUAACCCAGCAAACCGUUCUUUAUCCAGAAGUCCAACUCCACACAGUGUGUCUUCCCCUCCACCUUCAAUGGACAGGAAUCAGCUGGAGCCUAUAGUGGGGGGCCACAGGUCCCCCAGGGAGUCUGUGAACAUAGCCCCACCCUUACCUCCCCCUCCUGUGGGGUACUGUACGGUUCCUGUGGGCCUGGGGGACAGCACUCUGCCCAAACCCAGGUGUAACCUUCAUGCUGGUCAUAGCAGUGAAGUCAAUGGUGGAGUUCACAUGGGCAUCUGCCCAGCUCAGCCAAGACUGAGAGAUUUUGACGGUCAGAGCUCAGUAAGUCAGGACACAAGACCAGCCUCUGUUGCCACGGAUACAGCAGUACUGCCGGAGUACGCAGACUUGCAGGGGGUGGAGGCGUUCAAACCCCCAGCACCGCCAUUAUUGCCUGCUUCUCUACGGCGGUCACCUCUGACGCCAGCAGAGUUUGACCAGUUCCAUACCCCUUACAAAUCUCAUGAUUCCUUCAGUACCUCAAGGACCUCCAUUGACUCUCAUAGCAGAAGUAGGAGGUACAAACAGGGAGAUAACUUCAUAGAUGAACUAGAACAAAGAAUCCCCAAGUAUAACAGAGCAAUUUCUCCAGCUAGGUCUGAUUCUUAUUCCAGUAUUUCUCGGAACAAUCUGUUGUCCACGCACUCUGACAGUCCGUCAGACAGACAUAGACUGGCACUGCUGGAGUCAGAUGUUCAGUCGGACUCCCAGGCAAGGCCACAUCUUCGGAACAAUUCCAGGUCAAACGGUGCUCUACCUGGUCCCAAGACGCGGCACAGGUCACAUGACUCGGACCACUCUGAGGGCAGCCAUAGAAGGCGGAGACGCAGAUCACAUGGGAAACAUAAGCGACCAAUAUCUAAACCCAAAUCUCUGAACUGGGAGGAAGAGUUCAGGGACAGGCCGCGGGUAGUGCCCUAUGUGUUUGUGAAUAAAACAUUUGAUGAGAAGUCCAGUACCAAGCAGGACAGUAGUGACAGUGGACAUAGAAGGCACAAUGAGCGCGGAGGGUGGUUUCCACGCUCAGCUAGUGCCUAUGAUCAAAUGGUUCCACAUGGAGAUGAUGAUUCUUCCAGUUCAGCACAAAGUGAUGGGGAAAACAACAUUUGGGUCCUGCGGAAAGAGAACAGGAGAAAAAGUUUGAACAAAGAAACAAGUGUAUAGGAGCCAUUUUGUACACUUUCAAAUCACUUAAAGAGUGAAUAAUGAAAAGGGGAACACUAAGUAGAAUGAUGUUUUACAUAUUCCACGUAUUAUUUGUUACAGGUCACUAAUCAUGUGUCUAUAAACCAUGGAUGCUUCCUCUGGUUUGCUAACUCAGCAACUUUAACUGUAGGUAGCUCAGGCAAAAUGGCAAAAAAAAGUUGAACAUUUUCAAAAAUGUUUUCUAGUCAUUUUUUGUACAGAGUGUUAUAUGUUUAUUUACUUUUAUAAUUGCUUAAAUGAAAAUUUUGUUUUAAUUUGAAUUUUGAUACUUACAAGAUGUCCACCCACCUGCUGUAUAUAUGUCUAUAUAUAUAUAAAGUGAAAGUAAUGGAGAUUGAACUUUGGGAGCCCCACUGUAACAGUGGACAGAGCUUUGGGUAUAAAGAAAUUUGGCCUGGAAAAAUAAUUCUAAUAUGAAGAUGGCUUUAAUUUCUGAACAAAUGAUGUAAUUAUUUAUUGUAGAGACAUGCUUUUCGUGGAAUAGAUAAUUGCAUGACUGUAAAGUUGUAAGCAUUACUAGCUCUUCCCUUACACGGUUUUUAUCCGUUUUAUUCCUUACUGUUAUAUUUUAAUAAGGUAGGGUAAAGAGCAGAGAACAGGCAGUAUAUUUAUAAUUUACCAUUUUAUAAAGGUAACAUAACUGGCAGACUAUUUAUAAUAAGAAAUGACUUUAUUUGGUGCUGUGGUGUGAAGAAGACAAUGUAGAAGUCUCAGGUAGCAAAGUGCAUGUGACAAUCAUGUUUAAUGUGUCGUGAGGAAAGCAGGGUCCCACACAUUGACCUCCUGGUAGUUGGGAUGUCCACAUUAACAUAGGUGUGCAAUGUUUACAGGGCCUUGUUGCUAUGAAGACAGGUGUCACAUGAAACCAAGGGUCCAGUCAAAACUGACCCCCUUCCUGUGUAUUGGAGAUAAAUCUCUCAUUGAUAAUCAAAAUGUUCAGCUCCAUCAGGAGUGUUGUGUCUUGGUGGAGCAGGACAACAUGAAUGUAUGCAGUAGAUAGUGCUAGACUAGCAGUGUAGAAUUCUUCAGAUUCUGGCAGGUGGCUUAAAUAUCUUAUUGUCCCUAGGAGCUACAGUUGUAGGUUGUCACCUUUACUUUCUUUUUACUUGAUCCAUCGAUCAAAUGAAGAUUUUUAAAACAAACUUUUUUGUUUGUGUACAGCUGAAAGUACAUUUUCUUGAUAUCAUGUUUUUAAAGUUUUUUUUUAAAUUCAUAUCAUGUUUUUGUGUGUUCAUAUGAAAGGCUCUGUAUAUCCCAUGUAUGUAAACUAUUCCUAAUUUGGAAAGGUCAAACAACUCAUUCAACAGAUUGAUGGAGUUAGUAUUUAAAUCAUUCUUUUCUAAGCUGUACAAAGAAAAUAAAAGGCUAGUGACAGCAUGCUCACUAGCAUGGUGUUCAAAACUUUUUUUGUUCUGUCAAAUACUAACCA